CUGAUUCAGACACAAUGGAUGGCUUCAAUGCAUUGGUCCCUGCCUGCAGCACAGACAGCAUGCAGACAGACCAGACAUGUUUUCAACAAACAACACGGAGUCCGUCCCUCCGUCCAUCUAUGCGAUGCGAGGGAAGCAUCCACGUCUCCCGCACCCCGUCCAAUCCACCAAACAUAACAUGCAUAACCGGCCACACGAAGGAAGACAUGCUCACUACAUGGACAUCGGUCUGUCUGUCUGUCUGUCUGUCAGUGAAAGGUCGCCACAUAGAUGGGCAGAUGCGACCCCGCCACGUGCCGCCCGGUGGUGUCAAAGCCGAGCAGCCCGUCGUGCUCGCAGUUCUUCAUCAGCCGCUCGCAGUCCACCCGCACGCCCCUCUCUCUAGUCGACACCUGCGUCGCCACCCAACACGCUAUCUCACGCCGCCUCUCGACCGCUGCACCCAUGUGGCUCACAAGCACCGACGUCGACCGAGACACACGCGGCGCCAGCAGCGGGGCCGCCUUGGCCCUGUGGCACUGGUCGCCCUCGACCACUUCCACAAAGGCUUGUGGGUUGGGGGCGCCGGGGAGCACCUCUAGAAGCAGCGUGCUGCUUAAAGGGUUGCUCUCGUCCCAGAGCAGCGUGUAGAAGGCCCGUAUGACGCGCUUGACCACCUCGGUGCUCUGGAUGUGGUACCAUUCCGGGUGCGAGAGCACCAGCCGCAGAUGGGAGUCCCCCAUGUUCUCGAACUCGCCGAGCGCCUUGAGCACGGCCGCCCUCUCGGCCUCCGGCGGCCGCCGGAUGUCCAUCGCUUCCAUCUGCAGCUCAUUUCUAAGGUGCUGCACGGCCAUGUCGUCCGUGCAGUGGUAGAAGCGCCGCCCUAAAUGCUCUCUGUGGAUCUUGGCGACGAAGUCCUCCAGCAGCUGGUUGAUGCGGCCCUGCCCGAGUGUGUGCUCCGGGACCAAUUCUAACAAGGCGUUGAGAACCAGGACGAACUCGCCAAGGUCUCCCCCUGGUGUGCAGAGGGAGGGGGUCGCCACACGGUCGUCGAGGCACGAAAAGUGCUGGCUCGCCACGGGCAUGAGCGAGAGGCCGGUGAAGCGGCCAUAUGACUCCGACAACUCCACCAUGCUCAUUCCCUGGCCGGGGCGGCUCUGGUGUAGCUUGACCUUCGAUGGGCUGCAGUGGGUGGUCUGACUGCCGGCGUUGCCGUCGUGGUCGUGCUGUUUGUCGCUGCAGCUGCACUUGGCGUUGUAAUGCCCGCCAUUCAGCUCCACAGAUCCGGCGAGGUAGUCGGUUUGGUCGGCCAGUUUGACGUGGGAAUGCACCUGGAUCAGGGAGCUGGCGCCCGCCAUCUCACCUGACGGGGUGGUCACCUGCACCGCAUGCACACAUCAUCCAUCCAUCCACCGAUCCACCCACAGCAAAGAGCAGCAGAUCAUCCAUUCAUCUCUUCAUACCUGGCCUCCCUCUUUCUCACCGUUAAUUUGCGCUUCUCGUGGGCGCAUACUGCUGGUAUGAGUAUGAGCAAGAACACGACGGUCAUCACGCUCAACGGGAAAGCCAUUCUUCACUUGCC